GAAAUUCUUCAUCAGAAGAUGGCCACUGCACAGUUGCAGAGAACUUCCAUGAGCGAGAUGGGAUUUCCCAAUAAGAUAUCAACUGAGCAGCAGUCUUUGCUGCUAGUGAAGAGGCUCCUAGCAAUUUCAGUAUCCUGCAUCACGUAUUUGAGAGGAAUAUUUCCAGAAUGUGCUUAUGGAACAAGAUAUUUUGAUGAUCUUUGUGUCAAAAUUCUGAGAGAAGAUAAAAAUUGUCCAGGAUCUACACAGUUAGUAAAGUGGAUGCUAGGAUGCUAUGAUGCUUUGCAGAAAAAAUAUCUAAGGAUGGUUGUUCUAGCUGUAUACACCAACCCAGAAGACCCACAGACAAUUUCAGAAUGUUACCAAUUUAAAUUCAAGUACACUGGGGAUGGACCUAUCAUGGACUUCAUAAGUAGAAACCAAACCACUGAAUCUAGUAUUUCAUCUGCUGACACCAAGAAAGCAAGUAUUCUCCUCAUUCGCAAGAUUUAUGUUCUAAUGCAAAAUCUGGAACCUUUACCUAAUGAUGUUUGUUUGACCAUGAAACUUUUUUACUAUGAUGAAGUUACACCCCCAGAUUACCAGCCUCCUGGUUUUAAGGAUGGUGAUUGUGAAGGAGUGAUAUUUGAAGGGGAGCCUAUGUAUUUAAAUGUGGGAGAAGUCCCAACACCUUUUCACACCUUCAAAGUAAAAGUGACCACUGAAAAAGAACGAAUGGAAAAUAUUGAUUCAACUAUAUUAUUUCCAAAACAAUUGAAAACACCACUUCAAAACAUUCUCAUGGAAAAAGAUGAUCUAGAAGAUGAACAGGAGCAUUCUGUAUCUGAUGGUUUUGACGUUGAAAUGAACACAGAAGAGCAGAAAAAAACUCCUGGGUCUUCUGAACUUGGAGAACCAAGUUUAGCUUAUGAGGAAGAUAAAAUUAAGAGAUCUAAAGAAAGUCCAGAUCUUUCAACUUCUCAUUCUCAGGUUGAGCAGUUAGUCAAUAAAACAUCUAAACUUGAUAUGUCUGAAAGCAAAACAAGAAGUGGAAAAAUCUUUCAGAAUAAAGUGGUUAAUGGAAAUCAACGAGUAAAAUCUUCUAAAGAAAAUCGGAAGAGAAGUCAACUUGAAUCGGGGAAAAAAGUUCUUCAUCACUUUGAUUCUGCUAGUCAAGAGUCAGUGCCAAAAAGAAGAAAGUUUAGUGAACCAAAGGAACAUAUAUAAACAUUAUUUAUCUUCUGCAUGUUUGCAAAGUUCAUCUCAACAUUAAAAGGGCACUAUAUUACUAUUCUAAGGUGUGUUUACCCUACUUCUGAAAACUUACAUGUAGUUUUGAGCAGCUAGUAAACUAAAAUGAAUAUCACAUUGUGAUCUUUAAUCUUACCUAAGACAAAUCCAAGAGCACUUUUGAAUAAAACCAAAAGUACCAGUGUCAUAAUAAGUUCUGUCCAUUAUCUACUGAAUACUGAUCUAUCUUCUUCCAUUUUGGUGGACACUUCCUUUAAACCUACAUUAAUUUUUAAGGCCCUCUAAAGCCAUUUUUGAAACAAAUAAUGUUUAUUUUGGUAUUAUAUUUUGUAAGGAAUUCAUUUUUUACUUAUGUUAAAACUAUACCAUUUAACUGGCUGUUUGCAAUUGUGUUAUUAAAACAAGGUUCUUUCAGUCCUUUGAUAUAGUAUAUUGAAAUGAUAAUAUAUAAUGUACAAUUAAACAUUGGUGCUUUACCUUUAAAAAUUUUUUUUACUACAAGAUGAAAUGAUGACUAAUUUUUAAA